AUGGCAGCAGCAGCAGAAACAAAUGCAACUGCAAAUAAUGCAAAAGCAAGAGUCCUCGUCAUUGGCUGCGGCGGAGUCGGCACCAUGUGCGCGUACAAUCUCGAAGUGGGUGGUAAGGCCAACGUGACGGCCGUGCUGCGAUCCAACUUUGCUGCCGUGGAAAAGAAUGGGUUCUCCAUCAAGUCGAUUGAACAUGGGGAGGUGGAAGGCUGGAGGCCUAGUGAGAAGCAAAUAAAUAACAUCAACCAUAUAUAUAAAAAAGCAGAGAAAUUCGACUUUAUCGUCGUGACAACCAAGAACCUCCCGGACGUUCCUCCCACGGUUCCUGAGAUCAUUGCCCCCGCCGUCACAGAAGGCCACACAGCCAUCAUGCUCCUCCAGAACGGCCUCAACAUCGAAAAGCCGCUUUUUGCCGCAUUUCCCAACAACGUGAUCCUGUCCGGAGUGUCCUUGAUCAGCGCGACGGAGACCCAGCCAGGACGAAUCGUGCACGAUGACCCGGACCGCUUGAUCGUAAGUCCCUUUCGAAAUCCUAAUGGACGGGCAGAUCAAGAGCUUGCGGCGGCAAAGCGAUUCGUCGACAUGUACAGUGCUUCAGGAAAGGUCUCCUGCCAGCUGGACGAGAACGUGGGCCUCGUUCGCUGGCGCAAGCUCAUCUACAACGCGAGCUACAACUCCGUGUGCGCCAUCCUCGGCAUGGACACGACUCGCAUGCGAUUUGCCAAACAUCCGCUGACGGACCUGAUCCGGCCUGCCAUGUGGGAGGUGUGGCACACGGCUCGCGCGGCCGGGUAUGAGCUUCCGCACGAUGUCGUCGAGGAGAUGGUGGAUGUCGACUUGUGGGCCUUUUUUAAGCCGAGUAUGCUGCAGGAUCUUGAAAAGGCUGACUGCUCUUUCUCGACUCGGCAGGGCAAUUUCAUCGAAUUCGAGAACAUCGUUGGUGAGCCAUUGCGCGAGGCCCAGAAGCUGGGCGUUUCGACGCCGACAUUGACGAUAAUCUACGGAAUGUUGAAAGCGUUGCAGUGGAAAAUACGCGAGCAGAAAGGGAUGAUCACGGUACCGCUUCAACGGCCAGAAGACCUAGACCUAUCAUGA